AUGAAGACCAUUCUCGUUCUCGCUACGCUAGCAGCCAUUGCUCAUGGCAAAACGUACACGAUGGAGACUCGCUCGUCGGGAUCACUCAUUUCCCGUCUCAUGAAGGAAAAACGAUACCAAAAAUAUCUGGAAGAACGCAAUCUACACCGCUCUCAAGUGCUCGUGAAAGGAUCGCAGCCGGUUGAGGACGUCUUUGACACCUAUUACCUCGUAAACAUCACAGUCGGAACACCUGGCCAGAACUUCUCACUGUUGCUGGACACCGGUUCAUCAAGCCUUUGGGUGAUCGACAUAAGUUGCAACACAAAAGCCUGUUACUCACUUAGUCCCGAAAGACGCAGAUUUAAUUCAUCGACGUCGUCCACAUUUUCUACGCAAAACCGCACGCUCUUUAUUGGAUACGAUUUUGGAUCGUGCAAUGGACGCAUCGCAACGGACACUGUCUCUUUUGCAGGUAUUUGUAAGUUCCUUGAUGCCGAAAGUCUCUCCGAUGAUUUUACCUACAUGCCCUAUGACGGCAUCCUUGGACUUGGUUGGCCAGCGGUAUCCGUGGGAAAUAUCACUCCACCGAUGCAAAACCUUCUUCCCGCUCUUGACGCUCCCCUCUUCACCGUAUGGUUGGAGAGGCAGAUCAACGUAAGCUACGGAGGCGCCGGCGGUCUGGUCACUUUCGGUGCCGUCGACACCACCAACUGCGAACUGGACGUCAACUACGUGCCUCUUACCUCGGAAGCCUAUGGGCAGUUCCCUCUCAGUGGUUUCUCUAUUGGGCGUUUCUCGAAGAAAUUUACGCAAGACGCCGUCUCCGACACGGGAAGCUCGUGGAUUGGAGUACCACCAUACCUCAUAAACACAGUAGCCGGAUAUACAGGCGGCCAAUACGAUACUGGUUACCAGUUCUACACUGUUAACUGUUCGACAAUGAUGACGCAACCCGAUGUUGAGUUUACUAUCAACGACGUGAAAUAUAGUUUGAAAUCCGAGGACUACGUGAUCGAUCUUGGUCUCGGUGGUGGACAGGUGAGUGCGUCAACUUCAACACAGCAAUUCUCUGGUCCUAUAGAUUGGACAGCGUUGGUUUUGUAUGUUGUAAGGUUGAUUUUACAAAUUUGUACUUUAUGA